AUGAUAAUUCCAAUCCGUUGUUUUACGUGUGGCAAAGUUGUGGGUGACAAAUGGGAGUCUUAUAUCGUCCUCCUGCAGGCGGAGUACGCGGAGGGUGAUGCUCUGGACACUCUCGGACUCCGACGCUACUGCUGCCGGCGUAUGAUUCUCUCACACGUCGAUCUCAUUGAGAAGUUACUCAACUACGCCCCACUCCAAAAAUGA